AGCUUUUCGUGCGCGGUUGCUAAGGAGACGCGGCGGCAGUGGAUGGCGGGUCCUUGAAACUGAGAGCUUUGGGGAGGCUGAUGGCUUUUAGCAAGUCACCUAGGGUUCAUAAAAUUGGCGCCAUGUCUUCCGCUUAUCAAGAAGAACUUUUGCAAUUUCACUUAGAAAAUCUGAAAGGAAAACAGAGCCAAAAACUAAGUAAUACAUGUAUAAAGGAGCAGGAAAAGUCAUUACAUAUCAAGAGCUCUAGCAUGGAGAACAUGAAAUUCAUAUUACACCGUCCAAAAUUGCCAUCUUUUACAGUUACAAGAGAGUUCAUCUUGAAAUUUAAUCGAACACGGGAUUUGGUGAACAAGGAAAAAUUAUUGGAACAAGCUAGAAAAAAUAUUCUUAGAUGUAAGAGAAAAUUGGGUCUGAAAACUCUGGGCUCUGGGAAGCAUGUGCAUCUACCUUCUGCAUGGAUUGAAGUGACAUAUCUGGCUCAGUGCAAAGGAGAAAUCCAAGAUGAAGCUUUAAGUAUCCUCUAUGCUUCUCUGGACCAUGCUUCCUUCACUUAUGACCAGCUACCUGCUUUGUUUUUUGUGGCAGAGUCAGUUUUAUAUAGACUCUGUUGUGAUGCAUUCAAGAAGGCAUUUUUAUAUUCAGUUGAGAUAAAGUUGGCAAAGAUUGGCUAUUUGGUCUUCUUACGACUCUUUGUAUUUUUCCUGCAUGGUCAUCUAGAAAGCUUCAAAGAACAUUUACUUAGGCUCCGACCAUAUUUAUUUGCACUUUCUUCUUCUGAAAUAUCCUAUUACAAGUAUCCAAACAUAUUUUCAAAUGUGCAAUUCAUCCUGAAAACAUCACAAAUUAUAUAUAAAAGAGAACUCAUUAAAAAAACUUUCAGCACUGAAGAAAAUAUGGAAGAAUUUGAAAAUAAUUAUUCUGACAUGAACCAUUUGCAAUUUAAUCAGGGAGGAUAUAAAGUUAACCACCUGCUCUGGCAUUGUGUUGCCGCUUGGUCUUGUGUUCAGAAUAAUAGUCCUCAGCUGAAUAAUGUGCUGGAGCAUCUCAUCUCCCAUAAAACACAGCUUCAAAAGAAAUGCUGGCUAGAUACAGAACUGGCUUUGCUUGUCCUUGGGGAGGCUGCCAAAUUGAACAUGGCCUGCUUGAAGACUUUAAUGGACCUAAUGAAAGACUUUCUUUCAAGCAUUUUGUCUAUUCAAAGUCAGGAAGAAAGCUAUGAGAAAGAUUGUCUUUCUUGGGCCUGGAAUAUAGUCUAUGUAUACACAACGAUUAUUGCAGAAAUCUGCUUGUAUGCAGCUACUUCUGAUUUGCGAAAAACUGCUUUAAUUGGGUUCUGCUACUGUAAGAGUGCACAAAAAUCUUAUUUCCCAAUGGAAAAAUCAGAACACCGAGAAUUACGGGAAACAAGUAUUUUAAGUCUUUUGGAGUAUUUCUCUUCAAAAUUGUCAGAUAAUUGUGAUCAAGUAGUCUGGAUUGGAUACUAUGGCUUAGUGUAUAAUAUGGUGAAAAUGUCCUGGGAACUUCGGGGUGAUGAGGAACAGGAUGGAUUUAGAAAUGUGAUAUGGGAAAUAUUACAAAAAACAAAGGAAAAUGAAAAAGAUACACGGAUCCAAAGUGCAAUAACAGUAGCCCAGGCUGAAUUAAAUGACCAGACGGAUCCUUUCACUAGAGACAACAUAAAAGUUUCAGUAAGUGCAGGGGAAGAAGCUUUUGCUAAGUACAUUGGAUGGAGAAUUGCCAACACACUUUCCAAACUAUUCUUUCCUUGUCCUGAUUACGACAUCCUUCCUUUGAAGAAACCAGUCAUAAAACGCCAUCAAAUAAAUGUCAAAUAUCCAAGUAAAAAACAGGAGCCCAUGAAAAGGAGAGUUAUACAGUUUUCUAUCAGGGAAUAUCGUGGGUUAGAACUUCCUUUGUUUCCAUAUCCAGAUUACUUCGCCCGGGAGGACGAAGAGCUGGCAAAAAUCAUUGAUCACCAUUGGCAGGAAGAGAUGGCGAUUCGAAUGGAGGAAGAAGCAAUAUUGGAGGCCAAAGAAUUGAGUGAGAAAGAGUUAGAAGAAGAAACACGCUUUCAAGAAAUUAUGAAGAAAAGAGAAGAGAAAUUGCAUAAACAAACCAAACCAUAUGAGCUUCCUUCAAAGACAGCAGUAAUUUCAUUAGAACAAAAAAAAUCUCUCCAAAUAAAUAGAAAGCCAUCUGCCAGAAAUUAAUACCAACCCCCCCCCCCCCCA